AAUUUUUUUUUAACAGUUUAACACGGAGUUAACAUGGAGUUUAACGUGAUGGUCAUCAAUUCUUUCGUUUUUUAAGUGAGUUUAAAUCUGCUUUGAACUCAUUUUUAGACCAAAAUGUCUUUAAAAGGCAGCGAUAAUUUGACUGAACAGUCCGCACUAAAGGAGGAACUGAAUAAAAAGAUCAAAGAGCAGAAAGUUAUCUUGGACGAGCUCUCCAAUCUGAAGAAAAACAGGAAAGUCUACAUCCAACAGAGGAACAGUAAUAUUUUUUUUCUGGCUGACAGAAGUCAGACUCUGAGUUCGUGCAAAAAUGAUCUGGAUAAUCUGAAAAGGGAGCUGCAGAACAUUUAG